GCCGCCAUCGCCGCCCCGCGGGAACCGGAAGCGGCGGGGCGGGACGGGGCGGGCGGCGAUGGAGCGGGGCGGGCGCGGGGCAGCGCGGAGGGGAAGGCGGGGGGCUCCCCGCGGCCUCGACGGCUUCGCGGAGGCGCUGAGAGGCUGCCUGGAGGAUGGGGCGGAGGCGAAGCUGCCGUGCGCCCUCGCCAUGUGGGAGCUCGGGCACUGCGACCCCAAGCGCUGCACCGGGCGGCGGCUGGCGCGGAAGGGGCUGCUCCGCACGCUGCGCCCCCGGCAGCGCUUCCCGGGGCUCGUCCUCAGCCCCGUGGCCACGCGCUGCGUCUCGCCGGGCGACAGGGAUAUUGUUGCUCAGAGUGGGAUGGCAGUCAUAGAUUGCUCAUGGGCCAAAUUAGAAGAAACUCCCUUUCAGAAGAUGAAAGGAGGCCAUCUGCGGCUGCUGCCUUACUUGGUGGCUGCAAAUCCCGUGAACUAUGGGCGGCCGUACAAGCUGUCCUGUGUGGAAGCUUUUGCUGCAGCCUUUUGCAUUGUUGGAUUCCCAGACCUAGCCACCAUUCUUCUAACGAAAUUUAAGUGGGGCAAGGCAUUUAUUGACUUGAACAAAAAUCUCUUGGAAAGAUAUGCAGCCUGUCAUUGCCAGGAAGAUGUGCUGAAAGUUGAAAAGGAUUUUUUAGCCAGUGUCCAGGAAACAAAAGAUGAAGAAAUAGAUCCAUUUGAUGUUGACUCGGGAAAGGAAUUUUGUAAUCCCAACAGACCGAUCAAUUCCCUAAGACUAGCCGAAAGUAAUGAAGAAUCUGAGGAGGACAGUGUGAGCACCCCAGAUGAUGCCACUGAAAGCAGUGAUGAGAGCAGUCCAGAAGAUGAUGAUACUGCACAGUUGCAGCAACAACAGCCAACAAAUCAACUAUUUGAAAAGUAAAAGCAAAACCAAAACCCUCAACCUCAACAAACACUACCACCUCCAUACCACAAGAGCCCAUAACCCCCAAUAAUCCCCAAAAAUUUGUAGCUUCUUGUAUAAAGAAAUUUGUGAACAGUUAACAGUGUGGCUUGUUCACCUGUAUCUUGAUGCUUAGCAUGUGCUUUCUUUUAGGUGAACCUCAGGCUAUGGUGGUCUAUUUAAACAAGUAAAUGCUUUAUAUUAUUUA